AUGUUGGAACCACCUACGCUCGUACCUCCUCCGAUCUCCACAUCAGUCCCGGUUUCGGUCCCUGCGUCGGUCCCAGCUCCGACUUCCGCUAUCCCACCGCCGAUCAUAUUCCUGCUUACAACUGCCCAGGCUCCUGCUCACACUGCUGAACCUCCCCCGUACCAAGCUCCACAAUCCCAUAUCGGCCUUUCUUACCAAGCUCCACCUUCCAUAAAUAUAGCCUACUCUGAACCGGGCACGCCGAACCACGCGGCCCCUAGAGCUCCACCCACAAAUUUUCUCCCGGAAACGGGGACUGAACAGGAACAAAGAUUGAAGAAGUUGGAAGAGAAUAUCCGAGCCCUACAAUCAGGCGGCUCCCGCCUCGAUGCCAGCGAUGGCGAUUGGAGUCUUUUCCCAAGCAUGCAGCUACCCCCAAAGAUUAAGGUGCCUGAAUUCCAGAGGUACUACGGCACGACCGACCCUCGUCACCAUCUCCGUCACUACAGGGGAAAAAUGUUGCAGUACUGGGACUACAAAGAGUUUGUCAUCCAUACGUUCCAGGAUAGUUUGGCAGGAGCGGUUCUGGAUUGGUACAUGUCACUGAAAGCUGCGGAUAUCCCCACGUGGACAGACCUCUCGAGCAAAUUCAUCGACCAAUACAAGUACUGUGCGGAGGCGCCCCCGACUCUGCUGGAGCUCAGCACGAUGGAGAUGACCGGUGACCAGGGCUUCGAGGCCUAUGUAGUGAAGUGGCGGGCUAGAGCGGCGAAGCAUAUCCCUCCGAUCAGUGAGGCACAGCAGAUCCAAUUAUUCCACUCCACUCUUAAAGGUGCCUACUACUUGCACUUGUUGGCCCAUACGUCGUCAUUCUCCAACCUUAUCGAUGCCGGAAAGAAGCUCGACAUCGGCAUUAAGCUCGGCAAGAUAGAAGGUCCGGCCGAGAAAAAGGAAGGAGAGUCCUCGAAGAGGGCCGCCACUGGGACAGCGGGAAGCAGGAGAGGGAAAGACACGUCCGUCAAUGCUGUCAACUCAGGGCGCCAGGCCCCCCAGCAAUAUUCCAUAAGCUACACGCCCGCACCACCAGCUACUCAAGCAUAUGCUCCACCUUCGAUACAUUAUCAACAACAACCCCCAGCGCAGCAAGCUUACUAUUCCGCCCCACCGGCUUCCUUUCCAUUGCCGGUCCCGCAGCAAUACGCCCAUAAUUAUGCCUCUGCUCCUCCUCAGACCCCGCAAUACAGGCCUCCGGCUUCGAGAACUCCUCAGCCGACACAAUAG